AUGAAGGGGAAGGGGAAAGGAAAAAAAAAAAAAGUGUGUGUGUAUGUGUGUGCUGCUGGGAGGAGAAAGCGUUACCCGACAACAUGGUGGCAGGGCACGGGGGCCCCUCCCUUCAACCACCACGCGCUUCGUCAUGUCGGUCACCGGGUUCGGCAUCUGUACAGUACUGUAGCUCCUGGUACGGUAGCCUCUUGCUUCCUCCUAUCACUGCUGUGUUGUAUAGUAUCACGCCUGCGGUGUUUUUCAUCCCUGGUCAUUUUCCCUUCCAUUCAUUCCUUCCCCCUCUUGCCCCCAGUUGCCCACCGAAAGUUAGGUAGGCAGCCAGCCAGCCAGGUAGCCAAGUGAUAGGUGGGUCACGACGACCUGCGCAUUUCGGUACGUUACGGUUAGUAGAAAAAAGUUUUCCCUCUUCUCUCUCUCCCCUUCCCAAUCACCAUCGAGGGAACUCCAACCCGAUGCGGAGCAUGGAUUGUAAACUAGGAUGUGCUAGGAGGCGGGCGUGGGGCACUGAUGGAUUAAGAGCUGUGCCCGAACCAAUCGCUUGGAGCCCUGGUUUGUGGGAUUCUUUCUUUCCUUUUUUGAGUCUCGCUGCUUUUCCUCCCCCCAUCACACUACCAAAAGGGUACGGUACCAUUACUCGAGUACCGUACUAGUUUUUGCCUGUGCGCCUGCCUUCUUGCUUGCUUGCUUAGGCGGACGGCCUGGCGUUUUUUGCUCUUGGUUGGUUUGGCUCGGUCCGGAGGGGGAGGAAGCGGUGGCAAUGGAAUGGGAACGGGAAUGGGAAUGGGAGUUGCGUGGUAGCCAUUUUGUUUUUUCUUUCCUUCCUUCGGGGAGUGGAGUGGGAAACGCCUGCGGUGGGAAAAGUUAGGAGGAAGGAAGGCGGGGUUAGAGAAAGCUUACAGGCUACAGUACCGGUACGGUACUCUGGUACAGCCCAUGCAGGCGGGAAGGCCGUUUGGAGAAGUUCGAACCUGCUAUUUCAUUGGGGGCUUGGUCAACUUACGGCACUCACCUCCAAAAAGUGUACGAGUACCGGCAUCAUGCUGCGCUCUACGAGGACUGACUGGUUACGGUAGCGUAUACCAGCGGGGUUAAGCUGCUCUGCGGUAACCUGGUGCUAAGAUGAUAACCCUUCCUUCUUGAUCUGCAUUGAAGCAAAUUCCUUUUUAGGUCCUGUGGGCCUUCUACUUCUGGUCAUUUUCCUUUUUGCGAUGAGGGAGGCUUUCCCUCGCUUCGCCUCUUGGUGUACUUUCCUUUUCUUUCCCCCCACCCCCCUCUUGCCCUUUUCGGACUUUUCCCUUGCUUGUGGGCUGCCUAAGACAUGUCCG